UUGCUUCCUGGGCUGCUGGCGGCUGGGGCAGCGGCACAGAGCAGGCUCUCGCGGCCGAGCCAUGCCGGCCGCACGCGUGGAGUACAUCGCGCCCUGGUGGGUGGUGUGGCUGCACAGCGUCCCGCACCUCGGCCUGCGCCUGCAGCGGGUGGACAGCACCUUCAAUCCCCGCGAUGAGAAUUACCAGGAGUCGCUGCUGUUCCUGGGGCUGGUGGCCGCCGUCUGCCUGGGCCUGAACCUCGUCUUCCUCACGGCCAACCUGGUCUGCGUGUGCUGCUGCAGACAGGACGGCGCAGCGCAGACCAAGCUGCGCAAGUCCUGCUGUGUCACCUGGUCAGCUGUGGUGGCCGGGCUCGUAUGCUGUGCUGCGGUGGGCAUUGGUUUCUAUGGAAACAGCGAGACCAAUGAUGGGGUGUACCAGCUGAUCUACUCCUUGGGCAACGCGAACCACACCUUCUCCGGGAUCGACACACUGGUGUCCGGAACCACCCAGAAGAUGACGGUGGACCUGGAGCAGCACCUGGCCCGGCUUAGCGAGAUCUUUGCCACCCGGGGCGACUACCUCCAGACACUGAAGUUCCUGCAGCGGAUGGCCAGCAACAUUAUUGCCCAGCUGUCGGGAGUGCCCGUGUGGACAGGGGUCACGGCCGAGCUGACCGAGCUGGCCGACCAGACUGGCUACGUGGAGUACUACAGGUGGCUUUCCUACCUCCUGCUCUUCAUCCUGGACCUGGUCAUCUGCUUCAUCGCCUGCCUGGGACUGGCCAGGCGCUCCAGGUGUAUCCUGGCCUUGAUGCUGUGCUGUGGGCUGCUGGCCCUGCUCCUCAGCUGGGCAUCCAUGGCCGCGGACACCGCUGCAGCAGUGGGCGCCAGUGACUUCUGCACAGCCCCCGACACCUUCCUCCUGAACAUGACCGAGGGCCAUCUCAGCGCAGAGGUGACCCGUUACUACCUGUACUGCGAUCAGAGCAUGAGCAGCCCCUUCCAGCAGGCACUGACCGCCUUCCAGCGCUCCCUGACCGCCAUGCAGAUCCAGGUGGCGGGACUGCUGCAGUUUGCUGUGCCCAUCUUCCCCACAGCAGAGAAUGAGCUGAUCAGAAUCCAGCUCCUGUUAAACUCCUCGGAAUCCAGCCUUCAGCAGCUGACAGCCAUGUUGGAUUGUCGCGGGCUGCACAAGGACUACCUGGACGCCCUCACUGGCAUCUGCUACGACGGCAUCGAGGGCUUGCUCUUCCUCGGCCUCUUCUCCCUCCUGGCCGCCCUGGCCUUCUCCACCAUGACCUGCUCGGGGCUGCGGGCCUGGAAGCGCUUUACCACCAGGGACAGAGACUACGAUGACAUCGAUGACGACGACCCCUUCAACCCCCAGGCCCGGCGCAUCGCCGCCCACAACCCAGCACGGGGGCAGCUUCACAGCUUCUGCAGCUACAGCAGCGGCCUGGGCAGCCAGACCAGCCUGCAGCCCCCGGCCCAGACCGUCUCCAACGCCCCCGUCUCGGAGUACAUGAACCAAGCUGUGCUCUUUGGCGGGAACCCCCGCUACGAGAACACGCCGCUCAUCGGAAGAGGCUCCCCGCCCCCCACGUACACUCCCAGCAUGAGGGCCACCUACCUGUCCCUGGCGGAUGAACACCCGAGGCACUACGGCCGCGAGUUCCCGGCCUAACCGCCUUUCAGAGGGCGCUGCCUCCUUGGCCCGCUCUGGUUUGUCACGGACUCACACGAGAGCUGCGUUUCUUCAGUGGAAACCAAAGGCAUCUGGAAACUGGUCUCAGGACCGGGAGGACCCUGUUCCCACAGAGGGGCCACUGAGAGUCAGGCAGAAUCAUCCUGGGCGCGGCUGCCCCCGGGCAGAUGGAAGACCAGCCUCUCCCUCUGCCGGCCUCCUCUCCACACCAGAAGUGUCCCCCAGUUGCUUGGCUGUCCCUACACAGGCAGCCUGGCUCAGCUCACCCCUACGCCCCACCCUUUCGGGGUGGGGCAGAACAGUGAGGAGGGGCCGGGUCAGGCCCCAGGGUCCCAGCGACCACCCUCUGGCCACGUGGAUGGCAGCAUUUUUCUGUAGGUAAAGGUGGAAUUGCUGAUCGGGAGAUGUUUUUAAGGAAGGUGGUAUUCCCAGUGAGACCAGAAACUGUCCAAAUCGGUCUCCCAGGGCCUGGUGGCCUCUUCCGAGCCACAGAGGGAAGGGGUUGGAGAGCUCUGGGGAGGGAGCAGGUGGCCCCAGGGCUGGGGGACCAACCCUGGUGGGUUUCUACAGUGAUGCCCGGCGGGAAGGGGGGCGAAAGCCUUCCCCAUCCUGCUGGCCUUUCUGCAACUCUCCCUUCCAAAAGCGAUGCUGUGAGUUUGUUCGCCACAGGUAGGGGCGGUCUCAGGUACUAACACACACUUUGAACGCAACUGUAACUCUUCCCCCCUCCACCCCGUGUUUUAAAUACUUUGUCCAAAGACUUGAAUCUCGGAGCACACCCAGUUUCUACAACGGACUCGGGCUCAUUCCUUACACUUGAUUUGUCUGCCAUUCCUUUUCAGAGUUUGCCACCACCAGCCAGUUCUUUAAGGAUCUGGGGGUGGGGGAGAGGGGAUUUUUAAAUAAAAUAAAAAUCAGCGAGACUUCC